UCUCUCCCAAGGCUGUGAAGAAGAAAGAAUGGCGAUGGCGAUGGCGAGCAAAGGCGCCGUUGGCGGAGAUUAUGGAAGGCGCGUCGCCCAGUCUCUAUCGUCACAGGUGGGAAGUUCUUAGAUCGUCGCGAUUUCCACCCUGUCGAGGGCACGAUAGUGGUAUAUUUCGAGGCCGCAUGAAGGAAUUCCAGAAUAUCCAGGAUUUCGAGGAAUCCAUCGUCUCCCAGCGAUGGCGGGGCAUGAAUCGCGGCGCGGGGGCAGCAUCGGCUUGCGUCGGAGCUCGUCAGCGCAUCAUCAUCGUGCGGGCGAUGCUGCUGGCCCGCAUAAGCUGCUUAGAACGGUCAGCCAGAGGUUGAGACGUCUCAUCAGCGGCGAGAUCGUUCCCAGUGUCAAUCACGGUAGCGGCAGGCUGUUUUUCGGGCGAGACUUCGAUGAUGAUCGCCCCGGGGCUGCCAGGAUCAUCCACCAAGAACAGGCAAUAAUUGAUCAUCACACGGGCAAGUCGAGGCCAGGUUUCUUCCUCAACUUCUCGCCGGGAGAGAGAUUUCCAGGAAGAACGCUCCAAGAACAGGAAGAGGAAGAGGCCGAGCUCCCAGAGGAACCCACAUCCAGAUGCUUUAGCAGGAUGAGGAGCAGCCGCCGCGAGAAGCUACUCGCUUCUUCAUUAGAUCCAAGCGGCAGCGCUAGAAAUCUGUGCCGGGGAUGCUUUGGGUCAACGAUCCCUCCGGAAGAGCUGCCGGAUUCAUCGAUGUUUGGACAGGAUGAUGGCCACCAGCAGCAGCAUUCCAUCGUGCUCCCGGACGACGUUCUCGAGAUGUGCUUGGCGAGGCUUCCAUUCGAUUCCCUGGUCCGAGCUCGCGCGGUGUGCAAGAAGUGGAGUUCCUUGACGCGCUCCUCGCAUUUCUUGCAGCUCCGGGACAGGAUGGGCUCCCCCCGGCCAUGGCUCUUCGUGCUUGGGCUGUCGAGAGAUGGAGUGAGCCUGGGCCAGAUUCAAGCCUUGGAUCCCACUCUCGAUCGGUGGCGCUCCAUCCGAGCCGACGCACUGGCGGGGCGUUUGCUCUACUCGGUGGCGUCCAGUGGAUCCAAGCUCUUCGUGGUCGGGGGCUGCUCGGCGCGGGCCAGCAGCGACAGGGAGAAAGGAGGAUUCCUCAAGACUCACAGGAGCGUUCUCGUGCUGGAUGCUUUCACCGGGCAGUGGAGCAAGGCCGGGAUUGGAAUGAAGAGCGCGAGGACCACUCCCGUGGUGGGAGUUUUCGAGAUGACGCAGGGAAUCAAGCUCAAGCUCUUCGCAGCUCCAGAGAAGAAGACCACCACCACCACCACCACCACCACCAAUCACAGGAGGAUUGCCAGGAAGCGAUCGGCAGAGAUUGGUGUCUUCCGGGGAUCAUCAUCGACAGGACCAGGUGGUGGCUCGUCAUUCAUGGAUCAGAUCUCUGCGCGACGCUGGCAGCGAAGUUAUAGCUUCCGGGAGCUGACGACGAGCUUGGGAUCAUCGUCGUCAUCCUCGAAACCAUCUGGCAGUAGCGGCAGCGGCAGUGGCAGCAGCAGCGCUUUUGGAUUGAUCGUCAUUGGCGGGGAGGACGAGCGAAACCAGACGCUUUCCAGCGGCGAGGUGUACGACCCAUCGUCCAGCUCGUGGAGGGAGAUCGCGGCGUGGCCGUGUACGGAUCUUGGAUCACUGUGUACGGGGGUGGUGUCCAAAGGCGUGCUUUACUGCUACUCGGACAGUGACAAGCUCGCGGCGCUGGAUCUCGAGCGAAACUCCUGGCACGAGAUCGCCAUCUCGGCCUCGGGCAUUCCCUCGCGAAUCCAGGACUAUCUCCCCAAGCUGGUGGUGUGCAAGGGCCGGAUCCUUCUCGUGGGCGUCGUCUGGGCAUCGAGAUCGCAGCACCAGAUCAAUGGGUUCGAGCAGCAGCAGCCCAAGGCCGCGAGGAAGAUCUGGCGAUUGGAGCAGGAUCGAUCAUCCUCCUGGCGGUGGAGCGAGGUGUCGCAGCACCCGGACGCGCCGCUCGACUGGAACGCGGUGUUCAUCGGCCAUGGCGACAGGAUCUUCGGUGUGGAGAUGUUUAAGAUCUUCGGGCAGGUGCUGGAUUUCGUGACAGUGUGCCAGUUCGCGGGCUCGCGGCGCAAGCGCGCGAGCUGGGAUCGCGCCUCCAAGCAGAGAAUGGGGCAGGACGUGGAUUCCUCCUCGUGCCUCACCAAAGCAGCAGUCAUCGUCCAGCUAUAAACCCUAAAAAUGUAGAGCUCAAGAACCCUAAAAUGCCAUAAGCCCUAAAAAAGCCUCCUUUAUUUACAGUAUUGUGCAGCGCGAGUUCUUCAUCUUUUCCUCGAA